AUGUUGUCAAAUACCUUGUUAGCUUUAUUAGCUACUUCUGCAUCGGCUUUAGCUGCUUCAAACAGUGUCGCUGUCUACUGGGGUCAAAAUGGUGCCGGUGGUCAAGACAGAUUGAGCACCUACUGUGCUGAUUCCAACGUUGAUGUUGUUAUCUUGUCCUUCUUGAACGAUUUCCCAGAUCCAACUAAUGUCAACUUUGCCAACCAAUGUGGAGCCACUUACCCAUCUGGCUUGUUGCAUUGUUCUGCUAUUGGUGAAGACAUCAAAACUUGUCAAGCUUCAGGUAAAAAAGUUUUGUUGUCACUUGGUGGUGCUGCUGGAAACUAUGGCUUUUCAAACACCAACGACGCUACUGCUUUUGCUGACACUUUGUGGAACAAAUUCGGUAAUGGUCAAGACUCAGAAAGACCAUUUGAUGAUGCUGUUGUUGACGGUUUCGAUUUCGAUAUCGAAUUGGGUACUUCAACUGGUUACGUAGAAUUGGCCAAUGCCUUGAAAUCCAAGUUUGAUUCAUCAAAGCAGUACUACUUGUCUGCUUCUCCACAAUGUGUCUACCCUGACGCCCAUGUCGGUCCUUUGUUGUCACAAGUUCCAUUGGACUUUGCAUUCAUCCAAUUUUAUAACAACCCGUGCGCAGUUGAUGCUAGUUUCAACUAUCCUACUUGGUCCCAGUUUGCUUCGUCAUCACCAAACCCAGACUUGAAAUUGUACGUUGGUGUUCCAGCUACCGGUAACGUUGCCGGCUAUGUUGAUGCUGCUACCUUGGCUAGAACUAUUGACCAAAUCAAAUGCGAUGAACACUUUGCUGGUGUCUCUCUUUGGGAUGCUUCAGGUGCUUGGCUCAACACCGAUGCUUCAGGUGCCAACUUUGCUGAUCAAGUUAAGCAAGUAUUGAACGACAACACCUGUCCAGCUCCAUCUUCAUCCUCCUCAUCUUCAUCAGCUGCUCCAACUACCUCCUCCACCUCCACCUCAUCACCAAUCAUUGCUACUCCUCCAACCACUUCCGAGGACAAAGACGUUACUGGCCCAACUAGUGUCAGCGUCUCACCAUCUGGAGGCUACAAGAACACCACCACUGCCAAUGACAACGCCAACUCUGGUGCCAAUGCAGGUCUUUCUACUGCCACUAAAAUACAAACCACCGUUGUUACCAUCACUUCAUGUUCAGAAAACAAAUGCAGUGCAGUUCCAGUUACCACUGGUGUUUUGACCAUCAGUGAAGUUGAUACCGUCUACACUACUUACUGCCCAUUGCCAUCAACCCAAGCUCCAGCAUCAUCUGCACCAGCAUCAUCUGCUCCAGCUACCAACGCAGUAUCACCAUCUGGUCCAGUUGCCCCAGUUGAAUCAUCUUCCGCUCCAGCUCAAACCACUGCUGCCCCAUCCAAAGCUGCUCCUAGUGCUCAAGAAUCCGUCGCCGUUACUACCGUUGGAUCUGGUUCAGAAGCUGAGACCAUCACCUCCACUAUCAACUUGACCUCAACUGUUGCACCACAACAAGCCCCAUCAUCAGUUGCUGCUCCAGAAAUCUCAACUUAUGAAGGUGCUGCCGCUUCAAACAAAGCUAUGUGGUUCUCAGUUCCGCUUGUUUUCAUUGCUGCCUUAUUGUAA